UCAUCUCAAUACUUUGUUAUGUACCCUUUGUUGGCAAUAAUGGAGGCCAAACGUUUUCUGUAACUCUUCACAAGCUUUUCACACACUGUUGCUGGUAUUUUGGCCCAUUCCUCCAUGCAGAUCUCCUCUAGAGCAGUGAUGUUUUGGGGCUGUCGCUGGGCAACGUGGACUUUCAACUCCCUCCACAGAUUUUCUGUGGGGUUGAGAUCUGGAGACUGGCUAAGCCACUCCAGGACCUUGAAAUGCUUCUUACGAAGCCACUCCUUUGUUGCCCUGGCUGUGUGUUCGGGAUCAUUGUUAUGCUGAAAGACCCAGCCACGUCUCAUCUUCAAUGCCCUUGCUGAUGGAAGGAGAUUUUCACUCAAAAUCUCUCAAUACAUGGCCACAUUCAUUCUUUCCUUUACACAGAUCAGUCGUCCUGGUCCCUUUGCAGUAAAACAGCCCCAAAGCAUGAUGUUUCCACACCCAUGCUUCACAGUGGGUAUGGUGUUCUUCGGAUGCAAUUCAGUAUUCUUUCUCCUCCAAACACGAGAACCUGUGUUUCUACUAAAAAGUUCUAUUUUGGUUUCAUUUUACCAUAACACAUUCUCCCAGUCCUCUUCUGGAUCAUCCAGAUGCUAUCUAGUGAACCGCAGACGGGCCUGGACGUUUACUGGCUUCAGCAGGGGGACACGUCCGGCAGUGCAGGAUUUGAGUCCCUGGCGGCGCAUUGUGUUACUGAUAGUAGCCUUUGUUACUGUGGUCCCAGCUCGCUGUAGGUCAUUCACUAGGUCCCCCCGUGUGGUUCUGGGAUUUUUGCUCACCGUUCUUGUUAUCAUUUUGACGCCACGGGGUGAGAUCUUGCAUGGAGCCCCAGAUCGAGGGAGAUUAUCAGUGUUCUUGUAUGUCUUUCAUUUUCUAAUAAUUGCUCCCACAGUUGAUUUCUUUAGACCAAGCAUUUUACCUAUUGCAGAUUCAGUCUUUCCAGCCUGGUGCAGGCCUACAAUUUUGUCUCUGGUGUCCUUCUACAGCUCUUUGGUCUUGGCCAUAGUGGAGUUUGGAGUGUGACUGACUGAGCUUGUGGACAGGUAUCUUUGAUACCGAUAAUGAGUUAAAACAGGUGCCAUUAAUACUGGUAACGAGUGGAGCCUCGUUAGACCUCGUUAGAAGGUACACCUCUUUGACAGCCAGAAUUCUUGUUUGUAGGUGACCAAAUACUUAUCUUCCACUCUAAUUUGGAAAUAAAUUCUUUAAAAAUCAAACAAUGUGAUUUUCUGUUUUUUUCCACAUUCUGUCUCUCAUGGUUGAGGUUUACCCAUGUUGACAAUUACAGGCCUCUCUAAUCUUUUCAAGUAGGAGAACUAACACAAUUAGUGGUUGACUAAAUACUUAUUUGCCCCACUGUAUGUGCAUAAAUUACCAUAUUAGGGAGCCAUGUCAGGUUGUCUAUAUAGAGUGAAUUGACCAUAUUGACCAAUGACCAAAUUAAAUUGGCACAUUCUGUAGAUUAUGCUGUGUAGGCUUAAACUCAAAAGUAUUUUUCUUUUCUAACCGGUGAAAUUUAUACUGGGGCACGUGCCCCAGUGAAAUAUGUCUGGCGACGCCCAUGCUACAAAUUUGUGAACAUCAUGCUCACAAAUCCAUGGCAGAAUUUGUCUAUAAAGAAUACAUGUCAAAUGUAUGCUUUUUGUUUAAAUUUAAUGAAUUUGGAAACUUAACUCAUUAACUGCCUUUGACGCGGAUAGAUGUCCAAUCCAUUUUAAAUGAGAGGGCUGGCGUCAAUCAUUCGUUGCCACCAUACCAAAGUGUAACAAAUUAGACAAACAUUUUGGAAAAGGGUAAAAUUAUUUGAUCACAAUAUUUUUUUAAUCCGAAUCUCUUGCAAAGUGCAAUGAUCGGCAACAGAACAUUUAUGGCUUUAAAUAUGCAAUUUGAAAUUGCAUAAAAAGAAAUAAAUGGCAACAUACUGUACAAAUUCUUAACAAGAUUUUAAAAAUUAUUCAAACAGCAAGACAGUGGGGAAAUACUACCAAGCCUAAACUAAUGGCGGUACCAUACCAUAGACUUCACUAAUAGUUGACGGGACACGGGACCCUGGGCUGAUACGUAGGGGCCUAUUUUCAAAAACUUAAAAUUCAAAUAUUUUCAAAACCAAAGCCGCUAGCGACCUAAAACCAAAACAGGCACUUCCCUUGGGGAUAUGAGUCUCCAUGAGCAGCGACAUACAAAAAUUCAAAGUCGUUCCCUAAUAAAAUCCCGAUUAAUUAUUUUUUUUUCAUACCAGUAUAACAAAACUUUAAAUGGCUAUAAAUUCUCAAAUUUUACGCUAGAUGGACAAAAAUCAGCAAAUGCAGAGAUAAUCGCCUAUGUUUUCAGGAUCAAUAGCAAUAUUUAACAGCUCAUAUAAGUUUUUGCCCAAAAUAGCAACUCUUUUUUUUUUAUUUAGUGCAAGUUUUCAUCAGCUGAUAAAUCACUCAAUUUUCACAUCAGAAACUUAAUAUUCGAGGAAAAAAUGCAGAAUCAUCUUAAUUUUACUCACCAGAAGUAAAAUUAGCAUUUUUCUAUAUACAAUCACAACUUAUUUAGGUUGAAUUCUGAUGUUACUCUUGCCUCAGCACAGAGGCACGUUUUGCCGGCUAUCUGCCCUUCGUUGUUUUUAGAUUGAAAUGUUACAUAAAAUAAAACAUGUAAAAGGCUAAGUGUUUCUGUAUGGACGCAGAAAUGUCUAAAUUACUACUUUUUUGCCCCCCCAAAAAAACCGGGCAGUUAGCCGAAAAUUACAUGAUCAUUUGAAUGUAAAGUUAUGCUACUGUGUAUGGAUACAACAUGGCGGCCAUCACAGAACAAAGAGCUUUUUAAGUUGAAAAUUCUUGUAGAUAAAUGCGUACAUCCUGGAAUUUCUAUAGAUAUGAACAUAGAUCAGUGUAGAUUUUUGGUUAAAAGCAAAAAAACGGGAAGUUACCAUUCAUUUUACGUAAAUAUUCGCACUAAAACUACGCUAUUGUGUAAAUCCAACAGGACGGCCAUCACAAAACAAAGAGCUUAAGUGGAAAAUUAUUGUAAAUAAAUGUUUACAUCCCGGAAUGUCUAUAGAUAUGAACAUAGAACAGUCUAGAUUCUUGGUUAAAAUUAAAAAACAAGGCAGUUAUCAUUCAUUUCAAGUAAAUAUUUCGAGCCAAAGUUACGCAAAUUUUUUCCAUGCAUUUUUUUCACAAUGUUUCUAAGUGCAUGCAUGGGGCUAUUUUAUAUAAUAAUUACCUUGAAUCCUCAACCAAUUUACUCUUGAGACACGCCUGCCUGCAUGCAUGCAGUAAAACAUUCUUUUGACCCCUCAACAUUAAAUGAGGUCCGCUGUUUUGGUUAAUUGACAAUAUUUCACUGAGACGGCUAGCUAGCACAUGUGAACAAGAGGUGGCUUGUAUACAUUUUCAACCAAUGAGAAAUCAGAGAAUUGAGUGACACUGCUUUUAGCCAAUGGCGACCCCACUAUUUGAUCCUUGGAUGUCGGCUCUUCCUGUCAUUGUGAAGCAGAAUUUACCAAGUGUUGGAUUGUUCAAACACUAAAGGGAGUGUGAGUGUGUUUUAUGCUGCCUUCACACGCUCUGGAAAAGAUGAUGCUUACCACUUGUUAGUUGGCAAUUAUGAGAGGUGGAGGAGUCAUCCUGUACGCAGGCUCCUCCGGAAGUUCAAGCCCUAGCCCGGGCAGCCCCUCCAGCGGGUACCAGACACAGUCACCUUCCUCACAUUCACAGCCAUCAUCACCGGAGGAAGUCACCUUCACAGAAAUCGGGGCACUGAAAGAGAGGGCACCUGGAUCCACCACUCCCACCUCCAAACUGGUGUUCCAGUUCCCUGAGGUCUAUCGAGGCUCUCAAGCAGCCACUCAGCAGAAUACCUAUGCACAUCCGAUUGCAGGAAAAAGGCCAUGUGGCUUCCACGGCACUUUUACUAAGAAUGGUGGAAUGGUUCUACUCUGUAAGGUCUGUGGGGACAUUGCAUCUGGUUUCCACUACGGAGUCCAUGCAUGUGAAGGAUGCAAGGGUUUUUUCCGUCGCAGCAUCCAGCAGAAUAUAAACUACAAGAUGUGCGUAAAGAACGAGAACUGUUUGAUCAUGCGUAUGAACCGCAAUCGGUGCCAGCACUGUCGCUUCAAGAAGUGCCUGUCUGUUGGCAUGUCACGUGACGCUGUUCGUUUUGGCCGCAUCCCCAAACGAGAGAAGCAGCGACUUCUGGAUGAGAUGCAGAGUUAUAUGAACAGCCUAAAUGAGUCGGCUGCUUUAGAAAUGGACUCAUCCUCCGUGAAAGAUCUCCCCCCCAGUGAAGAAGACUGCAACUCAAAGGAGGCCAUUGGGGCCAUCUCCAGAGCUUACCAAGACAUCUUCAAUGGUAGUGACCAGGAGAGGACAGUCAAGAGGGCUAGAAUCACAACUAACAAUGUUUCCAAAGAUUGUAGUCUCCAGCUGAUUUCAGGACAGACCAACACUGCACAGAGUUACCAGUCUUGCCCAGUUUUCCAUGACAGCAACCAACAUACAUUCCACAACAUGGACAACAAUCAUUAUACAUAUACAGUAUCAACAAAUCAAAAUAAUCAGCCAAGUGACAACACUCCUCAAAGAGCCUCUGCCAAUUAUUCAUGCAAAACAGAGAAUGUCAUAAAUCAGCCUUCCUGCCCAUGGAAGUUGGCUCCAGGAGACAAAGUGUUGGCCUGUCCACUUAAUGCAUGCCCUGUAUCUGGGGCAGAGCGCACCAGUCAGGAGAUUUGGGAAUCCUUUUCUCAGUGCUUCACUCCUGCUGUCAAGGAGGUAGUAGAAUUCGCCAAGGGCAUUCCAGGAUUUCAAGAGCUUAGCCAGCAGGACCAAGUCAUGCUGCUUAAAUCGGGCACCUUCCAGGUUCUGAUGGUGAGGUUCUGCACCUUGUUCAAUGCUGCAGAGCAUACGGUGACAUUCUUGAAUGGCCAAACGUACUCCUUGUCUACUCUGCGUGCUUUGGGCAUGGGCUCUCUACUGGAUGCGAUGUUCGACUUCAGUGAAAAGUUGGCUUCCAUGGGGCUAGAGCCUGAUGAAAUGGCCCUCUUUAUGGCUGUGGUGUUGGUAUCAGCAGAUCGUUCUGGCAUCUCAGACACACUUGCUGUUGAACAGCUCCAAGAGGGUCUCAUCUGUGCUUUGAGGUCACUGAUUACUCGGCGGCGCCCAGAUGACACCUCGCUCUUCUCCAAACUGCUCCUGCGACUGCCAGACCUUCGCACCCUCAACAACCUGCACUCUGACAAACUUUUGGCCUUCCGCAUUGACCCUUGAGCAAGCCAUUUAUACAACGAGAAUAGCAGAAAAACAACACACACAUUCAAAAACAUUUUACCUUCCAAGGAUGGAACUUUUGUUUUAUAAGAGAGGAACAAGAGUGCAAUUUAAUGUUUUUUACGUAAAAAUGUAGCAAAAAUAAUUUUGGUCCUUUUCUCAGUUGGGAUAGGUUUAAAUCUACACAAUGUCAGGUGCGCACACAACAUUGCAACACCUCAAGGGCGGGAUUUAGGCGGGUGCAACCAGGCUAGAGGCCCGGUUUGCGGGUGUAAAGUGGUUGGGUGAGGGGAUGGUCAAACAGAAAGGUAAGAUGAUAUGCAGAGCUGUAAUAUACUGUUUAAGUUUAAAAUAUCUCUGCCAGUCCCCCCGGCUUGGCCAGUUGUCUGGAAGGUCUGCAAAAAAAUUCCACUUGCACCCCACACACGACUGUCAUGAGGAGCCCACGAAUAAUUGUCCACUAGCACUACCCCACCUCCUGUCAGACGAUCCACUCGGGGGCUUCGGUUUAUGCUCAUCGCACCCGGGCCGUGUUCACAUUUGCUCCGCCACUGCAACACCUCUGGUAUAUGAGAGGGAAAAAAAUCCAGUAACCACGUUCAUUGUGCAUAGUCGAUGUUACCAUUUUUCACAAAUCAUUUUGUGACUCAAUCUUUAUUAGCAGUGAACUUCAGAGUAACACAGGCCAGACAAAUAUCAUAGAUCCAUGAUGUUAGGGACCAUUUGUGAUGGCAUGUUGUGAGUUAAAGGGAAUGUGUGUAUAACAUCUGAAAUUUUGUCUUUCACUGUUUCACCAUCCACGAUAAUACUGGAAUACCAUUCAUCUGUUGUGUCCCCUGCACACAACAUUGUUUUUGGACUAAGUAUACAAGCUAUAAAUAGACUUCAAAUUAUUCAACUAAAACAUUGACCUCAGUAUUCAAAAUACCUGGUGUGAUGAAAAGUCUUUUUGCAUGUUUUGUAGUUGUUAUCCGCCCCUGUAAAUACUGUAUUAUGUUUAUGCAAAUGUGACUGAACAGAUAUAAUAGUUUGGUGAAAAUAAGAAUGUUCUGCUGACCUUCCAGUAUGAGGUGGGGGUUGGGUGUAGGGGGCUUUGCACAGGAGAACAGUGGUAGGGAUUCAAAAUGGACAUUUAAACCACUGCCUGCAUUAAGAUGAUGUAACCAACCAGCAAAAUCCCAAGAAUCACCAGCAGUCACUCCACAUGCAUCCUGCACCUGCCCCCAAUGUUUGUCAUACAAACUAAAGUGAUAUUUUAGCGUGGGAGAUCUUAUUUAAUCGGUCAUCUCACUGAUUGCUCGAGUGAUUAUGGCUGAUUGAGCACUUGUUGUACAUUUUGUAAAUCUUUAUUCUUUAAUAGAAAUGAUAUAAACUUCAGAUU